UAAAAUAAUAUGUCCUCGUACAACGGUAAAUAACAUUAUUUUGCCCGUCUGGUCUAUGUACGAUACGGUCCUGUGUAACUGUUUUUGUUUUCACAGACAUUAUUGGCUCAGGCUCUAAUAUAAUUUUCAUAAACCUUACAUAACACUAAACAAGUGCCUACCAUGAGCGAUAAUGCAGGCAUUACAAAACACCGAUUGGUCAGAAUCACCCACUUCGACACUCCUCCUUUGCUAGGAAACAAAAGUAUCCAUCCAACGGGAAAGAAACUAACCAUUCCAGAAGUCUAUGGUGAUGCGGCGGUUCCCAACCCGGACCUUAUCAAAACCCACUUCUUUACGGAAGACAGACUGGACGAAGCAUUGGCUCUUCGGCUAAUUCACGAUGCGUCCGAAAUCCUUCGUGCUGAGCCCAACGUUCUCACUCUGCCUUCCGACAUUACUGUCGCGGGCGAUAUUCAUGGACAGUUCUACGAUCUCCUCACUAUUCUCCGAACCGGCGGACCGCAUUUCUUGUUCCUAGGUGAUUACGUGGAUCGUGGUAGUUUUGGUAUCGAAUGCAUCCUGUAUCUCUUUGCACUCAAGAUUUCUUCUCCCACUUUACAUUUUCUUUUACGAGGCAACCACGAAAGCCGUCAUCUCACCGAAUACUUCUCGUUCAAGCGUGAAUGUGUGGUCAAAUACUCUGAAAGUGUGUAUGAUGCCUGUAUGAAUGCCUUUGACACACUGCCAUUGGCCGCGGUCAUUAAUGAACAGUUUCUGUGCAUCCAUGCAGGGCUCUCGCCGGAACUGCGCCUUGUUGACGAUCUGAAUAAUUUGCAACGUUUUAAGGAGAUCAGCAGCGACGGUCUGAUGUGCGAUAUCUUAUGGUCCGAUCCUGUUCCAGAGUUCGGGCAUGAAUUAGCCCCAUACUUUUAUUCGCAUAACAGAGCGCGCGGCUGUUCGUACAACUAUAGUUAUUACGCAGUGGAGGAGUUUCUACGAAGAAACAAAUUACUGGGAAUCAUUCGGGGUCACGAAGUACAGAAUGCCGGGUUUAAGGUUUACAAGAGCAAACAAGCUGACAGUUAUCCGCUCCUAAUCUCGAUCUUUUCCGCGCCGCAAUAUUUGGAUGUGUACAACAAUAAAGCCGCGGUUCUGAAUUACGCCAAUGGGAAAAUCCAUAUUCGACAGUUUAACAGUGCUGAGCAUCCAUUCUGGUUACCGAACUUUACAGAUGCCUUUACGUGGUCGUAUCCCUACAUCGUCAAGAAAGUGCGCGAGAUCAUAUUGGUAAUUCUGAGCAUUUGUUCGGAGGAAGAACUGGAAGAGAGUGACCAAGCCAGUCGCCGUCGCAGAGCGGUAGAGCGAAGGAAACGCGUGUUUUCGUUGAAAAUGCGAGCGAUGGAGAAGUUCAUAGAGCACUGUAAAGGGCUUGAGCACAAUCUGCCGCAUAAAGAUUUUCUGACUCUGGAUUAUUUUCCAUCUCUAGCAGACGACGCGCUUUUUGAUAAGAUUGAAGUAAUAGAUGCGAACGCUUCCCAAAAGGCAGAGAGCGUGCUUGUUAAAACGAAGUCCUUACCGGCUGAUUUACGGCUCCUCGACACAUCGAGGAGCAGCAAUGAACCCGGCACGGCUGCCAUAAUUCAGCCAAGCAAGAGUUUGGUCAACUUUUUGACUGGGGACGCCGGCGAUGCCGAAGAAUCAAGAAGUUGAUGCGGAAGCGCCCUCAAAUUCAUUCUUCCAUGAUUUCAUGAACAAGUUUUUAUCGCUUGAACCAUUACGAUGCAUAUAUGCGGUUACACAUAUGUACAGGGUACUUUUUAACUCGCAUAUUAUUUUGUUCUUGAUAGUAUUUUAGAUAAAUGCUCCCUGCAUAUUUGCUUUAAAAAGUUUCGUAUUUGUUAGAAACCCAUUCCGAUAUUACUUUGUCUGGAAAGGAACAUUUCUUAUGAAUUCAGUUAUCCGUCGUAAGAGCCCAUGGUACUACCGAUAAUAUG